GCGGGGCGUUGCCGCUGGGGCGGAGCCGAGCCAGUGGAGGGCGGUGGGGGCGGGGCAAGCGCGGAGGACCAGGGACGGGCUCCGGACCCCGCAGUUAGCGCCGCCUGGCCUGGGGCGGACCGGGUCAGGGUUCCCCAGCUGUCGUCCCUAUGGGGCUGUGUUUUCCUUGUCCCGGGGAGUCCGCGCCUCCCACGCCGGACCUGGAAGAGAAAAGAGCAAAGCUUGCAGAGGCUGCAGAGAGAAGACAAAAAGAGGCUGCAUCUCGGGGAAUUUUAGAUGUUCAAUCUGUGCAAGAAAAGAGAAAGAAAAAGGAAAAAAUAGAAAAACAAAUUGCUACAUCUGGGCCCCCACCAGAAGGUGGACUUAGGUGGACAGUUUCAUAAAGCAUAACAUGAGUAGAAGAAUCUACUGCCAAUAACUGUUUAUUAUCUGCAAUCAAGUGGACUUCAUCAAUUUAAUUUCUUCUCUUUGAAUAAAUGAAGAUUCAGACUUUGUAAUAUUAUUGCCCUUAAGUACAAUGCUAAAAAAACUUUGAUUUUCAAGCUUAGAGAAUGGCUAGACUUUUCAUUAAAUACUGAUUUUCCUACAUUUGCUCUUUUGCAGUUAGUGGGUGAUUUGCUAUUUUUCUUAGUAGUUAAAAAAUGGAACUAAAUAGUGAAUAUACAUACACUGCAUGUAAACGUUCUGCAUAUACCUCUAAGAUUAAAAUUCGCACUUUUCAUCCUUUAUAAAA